AUGCAGCUGGCGACCGCGCCUUACAUCCUGCGUGCGUUCUACAAGGACGAGCACAUUCUUGAUGACCACGUGACUCGCCCCCUCACCGAUCUGGUGACGGCGCUCUUCGGGGCGCACUUCACGAACCACUAUGACUUCCACCUGAUCAACUCAGCGAAGGGGUUGUAUGUUGCCUUGUCCCUCCUUCGUGGGCAGACACUCGGGGAGGAGUUCUGUGAUCUUCUUCCUGUCAUCCGUGGAAGUCCCCCACGUCUCAUAGGAAUAACCCGGAAGUUGCUACUCGCUCUGCUGCUUGCGUUGGAGCCGACAGCAGUUUUUCAGUUUGCCGUUAAGGUAUUUCCUUCCGUUCCACCGCAUGAUGUUAUUUCCAAUGUACAUAAGUUUACAUUGAUGCUGCUCUUCUUAUUUGAAGCAUAUGGGACUCUCUCCCACCGCUUCUUAGGCGUGCGUUACUUGAGCCUUGCGCCAUCGCGGAAGAUGCGGAACGAUGAGGGUGCCCCCCACACGUACUUUUUUUGUGGUAUCUUGGUGUUGCUUGAAUUGUUGAUUCGGCUCUGGCACUACAUGGAGGAGCGACGCCUGGCGCGACUGCAGGCUUCUCACCAUGAUGCAGCGAAGGAGAAGGGGGACCCAGGAGCUCGAGGAUAG